UUCGGGUCGUCCCUUAGGUUUCUCAACGCGCGCGCGAGCGAGAAUUUCGGGUUGGUCGGGGUUGGAGGAGUUACAACUGUGGGUGGGGGCGCGCUGCUCUCCCCUUUUCAUGUUUUGAAGAAAAGAAUUUCGAACAGACGAAAAGGAGACGGAGGGAGCGAAAAAACAACACGUGAAGUUUUGGUGGUGUUGAGGUGUGGGGCUUGAAGCUUGUUGUCGUCUGGAUUCAGAGUUAGAAGAAUCCGCGGUCAUAUGUUGGAAUGACCACCCUUGGGAGCCGAUGUCAAUGGACUUGCCGACUGUGCAGAAGAUUCGAGCUGUGACGGAGUUGUAGAACGCAGUUGGCGGCGAAAGUACGUGAGCUGGCAAAACGGGGGGAGCCACGACAAGUCAGGGCAUGCUACGCGACACGAUGCAGCGUGAACCGCUGACCAGACGUCGUCAGCGCGAAGAAGACGACGGUUGAGGGGAGCUGGGAGUAGUGACAAAGAGUGUGGGAGUGCGCGGCGCGACUGUGUGUCAGUGGAGCGACGAAGGAAUCUACAAACGAAGAGAGAGAAGAAGUUGUGCGGAGAGUGCACGAGCUCGUGAGAACACCCGAGUUGCGGAGUUGUGAGCGGAGCGGAGUCUUCGUGGAGUGCAACUCCACAUCUAGUAGAUUUCUUCAAAACAAAACACAGAAAAACAACAAAACAUCAACUGCAUCGCAGAAUCGCUCGAAUCUCCACCCAAGAGUCAAGAUUUAUGAAACCAAUUUAGCGGAGGCAAACUUGCACUGGAAAACACUAGCUCUCAACUCUGCUAAAAACUCUGCCCCAGCAUCCAGAACAAACGAAACAACAUUUUCGACGUAGUUUUUUUUUGCCGGCGCACACGAUUUUCUACCCAACUAGCCUCAGCCGAAAGCUCUUCGACUUGGUUCUCAACGGCAGAAUCUGUGUGUUGAGUUUGUGUGAGUUUGCUGAAAAAAAAAGUGUUCCACAACAACAACAACAACAACAAAAAGCAAGUCUGAAAAAGCUCCGUAAUUGCAGUGUUGAAAGUGAGAACAACGUGAAAAUUGCAUUGGAUGAAAAAGAGUAUUUGAAGAAGAAGAAGUGGCGCGAAACAAGCGAGCCGGAAAAAUUCCCAUGAAAAUCUACUUUUCCAUCUCGAUGGAGGGGUUUUCCGAUGCUGCACGAAUUUUUAUGGGAUAAAAAAUAUUGUAUCAUCGCGCGCUGGUGUGUUGGUGGGAGAAGAGUGUCAGUGUCAGGCCGAAUAAAUGAAAUAAAGUGCGGUGGAAAAAAGUAAAUCAUUAAAAAGAGGGUUUGAGAAGCGAAAAAAAAGCGAGGAAAGAAUUAACGAAAAUUGGUGUCAAAGGCGGUGUUGUGCAAUGUUUGGUUGAAGGUGGGAAUAAAAGAAGCAGUUAGAUAAUUCCAGAUAAAUAAAGCUUAAAACAGAAGAAGAAGAAGAAGCAGCGAAAAGAGAGAAGCUUAACGAAAGUGAAAAAGUGCUGGGAAAAUCGCGUGAUGUGAGUGUGUGAAAUUGUUUCAGUGUGGCGCACGCGAGUUUCCUAAAGUGACGGAAGAAGCAGCUUAUGCAUCGCUAGAAGAAUAGGGUCAUUCACGCGACUUCGUCGCACGUCCUCCCAGAUGGCGCUCGUUGACGAGCCAAGUGUGACUUAACCACUGCGAAAAGUUACGCCGGAUUUCUCUCGCUCUCUGGCUGCGUGGAGACCACUUGAAUUAGACUGACUGACGCCACGUUGCUUCUGAGGCAAGAACCAUGCUUCUACAGCCUGGGCCUCCGCUCAGUGCUGACCAAUCCCAGCAACCGCCGCCGUCGCCCCAGCCCCAACUUGGGGCUCCACCCCCCGGCAGCCAACCGGGAUCCGGGCUGACCGCGUACCUGCCGGUUCUGGCCACCACCACCGCCGGGCCAUCCUCGCUGACGUCGUCCUCGAGUGCGUCCUCGACGCCGCCGAUCCACCAGGAUGUCAGCCGGUACCUGGACACGCUGCAGGACAUGCUCAAGGAGGGCUGGACGGCCCACACGGCCAAGGACGGGCGGCUGUACUACUGCAAUCACAUAACCCGAACCGCCGGAUGGCUGCCCCCGAUCGAGAACUGGGUCCAGACCAUCGACCUGCCCUACGGCUGGGAGAAGGCAAUCGACCUGAAGGGACAACCCUACUACAUCAAUCACCUGAACAAGACCACCACGUACGAGGAGCCGGAGCGGUACCACUACAACGACUCGCCGCCGGAGCCACGGCUGGUGGUCCUUCAUCGGAGCCCCACGCUCGGCUUUGGCUUCGUGGCGGGCAGCGAAAAACCUGUGAUUGUGCGGUUCGUGACCGAGGGUGGCCCUAGUGUACAUAAGUUGGAGCCCGGUGACCAAAUAUUAGCUGUAAACGGCGAGGACGUCAAGGAGGCGCCCCGCGACCAUGUGAUACAAUUAGUUAGAAAUUGCGAAAGUACGGUGUCGCUGCUGGUGUGUCAACCGCAGCUGUACAACGCCGUCGGCCGGAAGUCGACGCUGCUGUCGGCGGGCAAGAAGGCAAAGCUGAAAUCCCGCCCGAUCCGGGUCCGGUUCGCGGAGAGUGUGUGCGUCAACGGGGCGCCGCUGUUUCCGCCAUCAGCAUUUAGUCUUGGAGACCUGUGCGUUCCUCCCAUGGCGAACGUGCUCAAGGUUUUCCUCGAAAAUGGCCAAACCAAAUCCUUCAAGUACGACUCCACGACUACCGUUCAGGACGUCGUAACGUCGUUACGUGAUAAACUAUGCCUAACCGCGGGGGAGCACUUCAGCCUGGUCCUGGAGCACGUCAAAAGUCUGAAACGGAACAAGCUGACCCUGCUGGACCCCCAGGAAACCGUCGCCAGGAUAGCGGCCCGGCCCGGUGCCCACAAGCUGCGCUGCCUCUUCCGGGUUACGUUCGUGCCCGUGUCGGCGGCAGGCCUGGCCCAGAAGGACCUGAACGCGCUGGACUAUCUGUUUCUGCAGUGCUGCAACGACGUCACCCAGGAGCGGUUCGCGCCCGAGCUGCAGCCGGAGGUGGCGCUGCGGUUGGCCGCCCUGCACAUGCACCAGCACGCCCUCGCCAACAACAUCUCCCCCGCCAAGCUGACCGUCAAGACUGUCGAACGAGAAUUUGGACUGGAUCGCUUUGUGCCUGCCUCCCUGAUUGACGGGAUGAAACGCAAGGAGCUCCGGAGGCUGCUCGGGCACUUUCUGAAGCUCAACUCCCAGAUGACCGGUUCGUCGACCAAGAUGUUGACCCAGCUGCAGGCCAAGAUCCACUAUCUGGACAUAAUCUCCGGGCUGCCGAGUUACGGGGCCAAGUGCUUCAGCACCAACCAGCGGGACGGAGUCGAGCGGGUCCUGCUGGUCAGUCCGAGGUUCGGGCUCAGCCAGAUUGCCGGCGUGCGGAAUACGGUGCCGCAGCCCAUCUGCAACCUGGAGGACCUAACGCGGGUCGUGGUCACCCGCGACGACGACGUCUCGAACACGGUAACGGUGUUCAUCAACCCGGACCGCGUCAUCACCUUCUCGAUGGAGGACCGGGACGCGUGCGAGUUUGCCAUCGUGCUCGCCGGCUACUACCGGUUGAUGGCGGGUAAAGAACUCCCCCUGGAGCAGGAACGCGAACCGACGGUGGAGGAGAUCGCCCCGCCCUAUCUGUCCCAGCACACGGUCGUGCACGCCAGCUGGAGUUACCUUCCGUCGGAGAAGCAAACCCACAGCAUGGCGUUCCUGAUGCCACCGCCGUACCACUCCACCAAAACGGUCUACCUUCCGCCGAAAUCCGGGUCCAUUUCCGGCGCCACCGUCGGGGACGACUGCGACCGAAACAUGAACAACACGCUGACUUCGAACAAGAACCUGAAGGGGUUGGACGAGUACGGGUUUGAGGUGGGUGGCGGCGCGAGGGUGAGUCGGGACGGGUUGGAACGGACCGGAAGUGGGGGAAGCGGAAGUCACGCAAAGCUGAGCAUGUCCGAGGCGAGAAACGAGGAGGUGCUGCGGAGGGUGGCGGAAAUGCAGAAGAUGGUGGAGAGUUCGGAGCGGUACUUGAACGAGCAUGGGGAGUACUGUCACGAGUUUGACGUGAGGCCCGGGAAGUUGAACUUGUGGCGGGAGACUUCGGUGGAUGUGGAGAGUGAUUGCGAGAGUAUGAACAGUAGCAAGCAGUCGUCGAACGAGGAUGCGCCGGGGGUGUUGCGGCACAGCGAUUCGUUGACGCUGCUCACGGAGACGAUCAACCAGGGGUUGGACGGAAUCGCCAAGGGGUUGAACUCGAUUUAUACGGCGCCGUUCAGCGAGGUUAAUGGACAGCUGGAGAACAAUUCGGCGCAGAGUACGCCCAAGAGUCAGCGGAAGGUUCAGGGAUUGAGUCAGAUCUUGAGCGAGUUGCAAGCGUUGGGGAAUGAUCUGUCGCAGAGUGAGAGUGAUUCGGAGUCAUUGUACACGCCGAAUAGUUCGCCGAUCCACAAGAACUCGAGCCAAGCGCCUCCCCAGAGUAGCCUAAGAAAUAAGACUUUACGGACGAGCUUCGGGCUGCACAGCCCGGACAGCUCGGUCAUUGGUUGUGAUACAAAGGAUAUGAACUUGAAGGAAUAUCUGCGUCAGUUGAAGGAAGCUAGCGAUGGGGCUGGGAAUACGGACUUGGCGGCGAAGAAGAUUGCCGAGCUGUACGGGUACGAAAUUGGGGAUGAUACGAUGAUCGAGACCGAUCCGGACAUCAUCGAUCUGAGGUCGAUCCCGCCUCCUCAGACACCAGACGAGCUGGACAACCUGAACCUGAUCAGCGUUCCUCCGUCGGGAUUCGACGACGGAUCGAGUAGGCCCGUGGACACCGUGGACGGCGUCGUUGGCGAUCUGGAGGAGUUUCUGAAAAAGGUAACGAUCGAACCCCCUACCCAGAAGAUUACCCCCGCCGUAGAGUUGACCCCGGAGGAGAUUCUGUCGUACAUCAUUCCACCCCCACCGGGACUAGCCGACAGUAGCGAUCACCCUGGCACGACCAAACCUAAACCAGCACUGAAAACCAAACCUACCAACCUGCUGCAACUCGCAGCGAACAAUAACAACAACAACGCGCGGAACCUCAACCACGUCAUGGCCCCACCACCGGAGGUCGCACCCAUCCCGAAGCCCCGCAUCGAGACCAACGCGGCCAACCUGCUGGCCAAGUACGACAAGUCCCGGUUUGAAGUGUACUACCCGCCAACGGACGACAAACAGCCCGCUUGCAACGAGUACGAUCUGUACAGCAAUUCGGAAGCGGCCAACGCUAACGCUAACGCCAAAUCGGAACCGAAAACCAACGGUCACGUCAUCGAGUACCCGACGGUCGAACGUAAGGGACCCUUUUCCUGUUGUACAAAAUCCAAGAAAGAAAAGACUGAAGAAUGUGCAGAGCAGGUAAAUGGCGCCGAUCCAGCGCUUCCCCCAAAACGAUGUCCUCACAACGCGGUGAACGAGUCCAGUCCACCGCAACGACCCCCGAAGAGUGUAGAAUUGCAGCUGAAGCUGAACUCCCCACUUCGGUCACCUCCCAAGAUCAACGGAAAUCACUACCCAGCGGACCCGCCGUCGCUUCCACCGCGCUUUGAGAAGCCCGCCACUUCCCCGCCUCCGGUGAUCCUGUCCGCGUUACCACCGAAGAAGCCUCCACUACCUCCGGUCCCACUCAAGCCCUGCAUUCGCAGCCCAGUCCCCAUCCUGAAAAACCCCGUCGUCACCUCGUACACCCUGACCGCCACCAAUUCCGCCAACAACUCGCCCAUCCGAACGGCCGGAAUCGGUUCGCCCCACUUUCACCGCAAUCCCAACUGUUACAGGGAAAUUGAACGCGCCUUCAACCGGGACGACCUCCCCCAGGAAGGCAGCAGAUCCCCCCAGCCACCACAAUCGCCCAUCCCGCAAAAUCGCCAAAAUGGCCACUACCGCUCGCACAGCGAUUGCCCGCCCGUCUGUCUCAAAAAUCCCGCCGCCGACCAGAAGCCCCAGCUGUCACUGCUCUGCUCGCCACAGCUGUCACGCAAAACUAGCCUCGGCAGCAACCCCAGCUCGCCCAUUCUCUCGAACAAAAACGGCCACGUCCUCAACGUGGACACCCUGAUGGCCAAAACGGACGUCGCCAUGGCGGGUCUCCUCGUCAAGCUGGACCAGGUGGCCGCCAUGUGUUCGGCCGCGCAAACCGCCGGCGGCGGCACCAGCAUCGACGAGGAAAAGUUCCAACAGGCCAAGGACGAACUGACCGACCAAUCGCUGCACCUCGUCACCGCGUCCAAACACCUGGUUGUCUCGAUGUCCGACGCCAACCUAACCCAUCUUCCGGAACAUCUGACGGCCUGUCUCUCGGCACUUCGUCGCAUCACUGAGCUGGCCCAGGACCUGACCCGGUACACUUCGGCCCCGCUCCAAACCCGGAACAUUGUCCUGAAAGUGCACGACGUGGCCUCCAGCUUCCGGGAGUUGGCCUGCGUCAAGGUGGGGCCACUUGGGGCUGGGCAGUUGGCGCUGCACGCCGAGUGUUUGGCGAACGUGCUGGCAACACUGCUGCGCAGUUUGCGCGUCUUUUCGCCCUAGGGGUGUGUCAGUCGGGCAGGGUGUGGUGUUUGUACAUAGCAGGAGGAAGUUGUUGAGAUUAACUUUUUUGACUAAAUUAAUUACGAUUGUAGGAGAUUUUAUGUUGAAGAAAGUUGUUGUUUGUUAGUUGAACUAGUCUAGGGAUACGAUUGUUUCUUGGUUUGAUCUGCAUUUUAUUCGUUUGAUCGAACUGGUUUUUAAAUAAGUAUAAUACACUAGAAGAUAUUUUGUUAGUGGGGCAAGUAGGAACCGGUGUUCAGAAUAAUGUUUUUGGAAGAAGUUAAAUCCAUAUCAACACUAACAUUUUGUUUGCAUUAUUUUUAUCAAGAUCGCAAUUACUUUUUUUGUGAACUAAAAAAAAUGCCACACAUAAAAUCGCUCUUUGAGAUUUGAGUUUUUUUUUUUUUUAAAUCAUUUUAAACUGAAAUUUUUUGCUUCAAAAUCGCCAAAUAUGUACUAAUUUUUUUUUAUUUUUGGCAUCAUGUAGGCAGCUAUGACUUAGGCCCUUAUGCAUCAUUCUGCACAAUUUCAGUGACGUUUGAUACCCAAAUUGCAAAUCAUACUU